GAAGGUGAGGGCAGGGAUGGGGAGCCUGCAGCCCGAUCUCCCGGGAGGGAGGGGGCGGGCCCUCCACCGAAGCGAUGGCUGGGGCGGGAGGCGCGGGAACCUGACACCGAGGAUGAAUAAAUGAUGCUCGCUCACUACCCGUGGCCAAAGCUGGCGGCCGCCAAGCGCCGACUGGCAGGGGCAGUGACCGGCGGCCGGCCCGUUCGUCCCUGGGUUCCGCAAGCGGCGCGGUGGCACGAAGAUGGCGGGGCAGCCGGGCGCGGGGACCCUCUGGGUGCUGGGCGGUGCCGCACUCGGGGUGUGCCUCGCGGGGGUUGCCGGACAGCUGGUGGAGCCCAGCACGGCCCCGCCCAAGCCCAAGCCGCCCCCGCUGACCAAGGAGACAGUGGUAUUCUGGGACAUGCGCCUGUGGCAUGUGGUGGGCAUCUUUUCACUGUUCGUGUUGUCCAUCAUCAUCACCCUGUGCUGUGUCUUCAACUGUCGUGUGCCACGGACCCGGAAGGAGAUUGAAGCCCGGUACCUGCAGCGAAAGGCAGCCAAGAUGUACACAGACAAGCUGGAGACUGUGCCACCCCUCAAUGAGCUCACAGAAGUCCCAGGAGAGGAUAAGAAGAAGAAGAAGAAGAAGGACAGUGUGGACACAGUGGCCAUCAAGGUAGAGGAGGAUGAGAAGAAUGAGGCCAAGAAGAAGAAAGGAGAGAAAUGAAGACAUCCUGGACAGCUUGGGCGGCAGGCCCUGGAGCUCAAGCCAUGGCCAGGGUCCAGGAAUGUUGGACUCUGAGCUCAUGUGGGGACCACAGAAGCUGUGGUCAUAGAGGGAAGCUGAGGCCCGUGGCUACAUCCUCAUGGCCCCUCAGGGGCAGGAACCAGACAAUCUAGUAGGUGUCCUGCUCCCCAGCCCAGACUUGGCUCCUUUCGCCCCAUCCACAUGGGUACUGCCUCAGCAGAGCUGGUAUGGUGCCACUGUCCCUCUGGAGAUACACUGCUCUCCCCACCCAGACCUGCCUCUCUCCCACCCUUUCUGCCAGGGAUGGCGGUGGCUGUGAAGGAGUAACAGGAUAAGGGGUUACUUUAGCCACCCUUUCUGGCGCGAAAUGGCUGAAGUGCAUGGGUCAGGGUGUGAGGCCACACCCAGACUGGCCAUGAGGAGGCAGAGAGGGUCACUGGGGGACAUUGUGGCAGCAGGAGGGACUCUGUCUGGCCAGGGAGGAGCCCCGAUGGUGAGGAGACUUCCGCAUGCCUGGCAGGGAUCCAGCCCAAGGGAGUGAGUAGAGGUGGCUUCAGAAAUGGAACCCCCAGCCCAGCAGAUACCAAGCUCAAGGCAAUGGGCGACCGUUGUUUCACACGUUGUGAUGAAGCUGAGGCUGCUGCCAGGCCCGGCAUGAGGCCCAGAGGCUCAAGCUUGGGGCUGUGGGCUGCAGGGCUGGGUCAGGGGUACACAGAGCUAAGGUUGGUGGGCUAGAGGGUGCAGGAAAGAAAGCUGGGGUCUGGGCCCCUCUUGGGAAUCAGAGUAUAUUUAAGAAGCCAAGGGGGACCUCGGGCUGUUUUGGUAGCCCCUUCUAUGCCCAGCUGUUCUGAGAGGUCCCAGGGCCCUAGGAGAUCACAGCAGCGCCUUCCACCUGCUGACCAUAACAGUGCCAGCUUCUUUGCAGCUUCCUCUUCUACUAUUUCCCACUACGAGCACCUAAAAGAAGCAUCUCUGACCAGAAGACAAAGGCCCAAAUAGCACCUGGGGGAGGGAAGAUGCACAGAGGUGCUUCCAGAUGGCAUCGAACAGACUACGGCUCUGAAACCUAGGCCUGAACACUAACGUCUCGAGACACCAGAGGUUCCUGAGCCAGAGGAGCCUGCUGGAAAAGCAGCCUGCAGAGAUUUGUGAAUAAAGCUGAGUGCCUCCUCAGA